AGUGUUGCAUGAUCGAGAGAGGUAAAUCUUAUUUGGAUUGAAGGGUGAGAAACAAAAACCCAUCGACUCUUAUUUGGAUUUUCACUUUAGAAUCGAGUUUUUCUUUACAGGAGUUCAGAGCUGUGAGAUUAGAAUGGAACUAGCAGAUCGAGCAGUUGGGUUUUUAUUAUCUUUAAUCAGCUUAUCCAUAUUCACUUAUUAUACUUUUUGGGUCAUCAUCCUGCCAUUUGUAGACAGUGAUCACUUCAUACACCAAUAUUUCCUCCCCCAAGAGUAUGCCAUACUGAUACCAGUGUUUGCUGGAGUGGCGCUUCUCUGCUUCUUAUGCAUAUUUAUUGGGUUAGUGACACUCAAAUCCAAAAAGAAGAAGGCAUGAUGAAUUUAUGUUGCCGUUCUGAUUGCUGUCCACAUCUUUUCAGAAACACCAAAAAUCCUAAUUUUAUUUCUCAUACUUGGUGGUUUAUGUUAUUUGGAUUGGACUUCUGGAAAAUGAGAGCAGCUUACAAGAUUUGCAUUUCUGUUUUACUGCUAAUAUUGACUUGAACAUAGCCGGUUAUAUGAAAGCCUAUUCGUUUUUCUCUAUUUAUACUUUACUGAGAAAUUUUUGAUAUACAAUUGUGGUACAGAAUUUUAAUGGAUAAGGAAUUCAAUCUGCCAAA